AUGCGCGAGGACCCGGGACACAAGGAGCGACAGAAAGUGAAUAAAAUUUCAAAGAAUGGCAAGAAGAGAAAGGACAGAUUCGUCAAGAAUCUCGAGGGCGAAAGGACUGUCACUAUCACCAGACAUACAUCCGAGCAGCACCCUUGGAUGCUCCAUCUCCGUUGUCUGCAUGCGAUGGUAACUUCAUGA